AUGCGUAAAUGUUCAGUGUCUGGGUGUAACAGCCAAAAUCGUAAUAUUAAAAUGACACUUUUCAGUGUCACAAAUGCGAAUAAGUCAUCUUGGGAAUCAGCAAUCCGUAGUUCAAUUAAUAAUCAGGUAAAAGAUAUAAAGUAUGUUUGCUUAGAACAUUUUUUACCUAAAGAUAUUAAUACUACAUAUCCAAUACCAUCAGAUGUAAUCGAAGAAUUCGGACAGAAAAAAGUUGAUAGUACUCAAUAUGAACCAAAAACUCACUCUGCUAGAAGAGAACUUUUUACAGCAGAAGCUCCCAAAAUUCUUAAAAGAAAUGUUGAUUCUGUUGAUUCGACUUCAAACAGUACAUCAUGCAAACAGAUUUGUUUAGUAGAUAUAAAAAAACAAAAGUUUGUAAUUGAUCCAGUAAGCUUGCCACUUGGUUGGGCAAGUUAUAACAACAACAGUACUGUAGUGUUUUUCAAACCAGUUUACUUGAUUGAUAAACUUGUAAUUGAAAAACAAAUUGUAAUAAAAAAUGAUGAAGUCGCCAGUUUUUAUAUUUUCAAUAAGUUGAUAGAUCCUACAAAUGUAGGGUUGAUUCAAAUCAAAUUUCCUGUAAACAAUAAAAAUGUGUUAGAAGCAAUAAAUUAUUUCCAUUGCAAACAAAUUUGUCAAGGUGGACCAAUGGUUAUUAAUUUUCCAGGAGUACAUUGUAAGACUGCAGUACUUGAUAAUGAGUUAUGGCGUCAUCAAUUGUGUUCUAUAUUAGUAGACACAAAAAAAAGAUGCCUAAAAUGUGACAAUUUAUACCGGCAAUUUAGGAGGUCCAAGUCAGUAGCUAUUGCAUCAAAACGAAUUCGACCUACGCUUACUCCUACUCGACGUCGUUGGUUAAAUAAUAUUUUUAAAAUGAAGAAGAAUGCCAACAAAUCAAAUUCAAGGUGA